AUGCCAGUUCAACAAGAGGAUGUUAUCCGACCCACCGUUAAUUUUCCACCCAGCAUUUGGGGAGAUGUGUUUCUGGACUAUAAAGAGCAAGAAGACAAUGAUGGUAUAGAGAAAGUGGUUGAUGACUUGAAAGAAGAAGUGAGGAAAGAAAUAUUAGCAAGUUUGAAUGAUCCCACAGAGCAUUUAAAUUUGUUAAAACUGAUCGAUGCUAUCCAACGCCUUGGCAUUGCGUAUUAUUUUGAAAAGGAGAUUAAUCAAGCCUUGCAAGAAAUCUAUGAUGCAUAUGGUGAUAACUGGAAUGGUGUGGGUACUUCCCUAUGGUUUCGACUCAUGCGACAACAAGGCUUUUUCAUCUCAAGUGAUAAUCUCAAUACAUACAAGGAUAAAGAGGGGUGUUUUAGUCAUGAGCCCUUAGAAAACGACCUUCAAGGCUUACUUGAUUUGUAUGAGGCUUCAUAUAUGAGUAUACCCGGCGAGGUCAUACUGGAUGAUGCUCUUAAUUUUUCAAGAAAGUGUCUUGAUGACAUGGCAAAGAACAACAAUCUAAACCUUGUUUCUACUGAAAUACAUGAAGCACUAAAGCAACCUUUAAAUAAAAGGUUGCCGAGACUCGAGGCAAUACGUUACAUACCUUUCUAUGAACGACAAACUUGUCAUAAUGUUUCGUUGCUAAAACUUGCAAAGUUAGGGUUUAACCUGCUUCAAUCUCUCCAUAAAAAGGAGAUUUGCCAAAUAUCCAAGUGGUGGAAAUGCUUCGAUGUCCCAAACAAUCUACCUUAUGCAAGAGAUAGAUUGGUUGAAUGCUACUUAUGGGCAUUAGCAAUGUAUACUGAUCCUCAAUGUUCUGUAGGUAGAAUGUUUGUGGCUAGAGGUUUAGCAAUAGGAACACUUAUAGAUGACACCUAUGAUGCUUAUGGUACAUAUGAAGAACUUGUGAUUUUUACAGAAGCGAUCCAGAGGUGGUCGAUUACAUGUCCUGACAACCUUCCAGAAAACAUGAAACUUCUAUACCAGAUGCUCAUGAAUCUUUUUGAAGAAAUGGAGGAAACUUUGGCUAAACAGGGAAAAGUCAAUCAUCUUAAUUAUGUCAAAGAGUCGAUGAAAGAAUACAUGAGAAGCUAUAUGAGAGAAGCACAAUGGACACAUGAUAAGUAUAUUCCAACCAUUGAGGAACACGGAGAAGUUGCAUAUAUCUCUACCGGAUUUAUAUUUGCUCUUGCGUCAAGUUUUGCUGCCAUGGACGAUGAAAUAACAGGGGAGACAUUCCGAUGGCUUUUCACCUAUCCUCCUAUUGUCAAAGCUUGUUGUGGGCUUUGUAGGUUGAUGGAUGAUAUUGUCACCCACAAGGGCGAGCAAGAAAGAAAUCAUGUUGCUUCUGUCAUCGAAUGCUACAUGAAGCAAUUUGAUGUGGCUGAGCAACAUGUAUAUGGUGUAUUCAAUGAAAAGGUUGAAGAUGCUUGGAAAGAAAUGAAUAAAGAGUCCAACAUGUGUAAAGAUGUUAAAAUGCCUAUAAUUAGGCGGGUUAUCAAUUUAGGACGAGGAAUGGACGUUAUGUACAAGAAUAAAGACCAUUUCACACAUGUUGGCGAAGAACUUAUAAAUCAUAUCAACUCUCUUCUUGUCAAUGCUAUCAUCAUAUGA